GAAGGAUCCGUCAAGAAAUGGCUGAGUUAUCGAACAAAUUGUGAUUUUUUUGUCAGACCAUCCCUGAGGAGGGUUACGGGGAUUUUUCGAAAAAAAUUUUUUGCUCAGAAUUAUUCACAAGACACAUAAAUCGACUCAGUUUUUAACGCUGAGUCUACAAUCUGCGUCAUUCACUUUUUGUAGUACACUUAACUUUCGGAUAAAAUCCGAAGUUUCCGCAUUUAUUAACAGAAAAAUUUAAGUCAGUAAUAACUCAAUUCUGUAUACAAACGAUUUGUAUGGUUUUCAGUUGUAUAUUAUAAUUCUUUUAUAAUUUUUCGAAUGUAUUCUUUCUUAAUAGCUACUUUGUAGAGUCUGUUCAAUAUCAGUAAACUGUUUUUUCUCAUAACGCGAAUCUUAGAAUUUAUCACAGAAUGAUCCAAAACAUUUAAAAUAAUGACAACUUGUUAGAGUUAUUUUUAUAUUUAAUGAUGUAUAUCUAUGUUAAGCUUUUUCAUUAUUUGGUUAUUUCAUCUUAUAAAAUUACCUGAUCGGUAAAAACCGAGGAAAAUAUGCCAUCUCAUCUAGGAUUAACUUUGCAACAGGUCGUGAUAGAAAUAGAAUACUUGAAACUUAAUCUAAUUCUUCUACAAUAUAUUUGAUAUGAAUAGAUGAACUAGCAGCCUAUAAUACACCUAAAAACACUAAUAUGCAUUGUGGAUGUAUCAAAAAAUCCAAAGUAAACUUCGAUAUGAAGCUGAAAAACUAUCAAAUAUAUCUGUUUAGAGAUGGAUAUAUACAAUCAUUUUAUGUCUUGUCUUUAUUCAAAUAUAUCAAAAGUACAGGUGUAAAAAUACCAGUGCACGACUAUUAGUCGACUGAUAUUGAACAGAAAGUGAUCAAAGUCUCAGUAUUGUUGCAUGAGUAUCAAGAUCAUUGAUAAUCAAUCUUUAGAAUCGAAUUCAAUAGUUAUAUUCUACAGAAUUUUGUGUCUCAUACAAGUAUUUGUAGUCAUAAAUAAUUAAGAUUUUUUUUGCUCAUAUUAGAACGAUAAAGAUCACUUUUCGGAAAAUACUUAGCUAAUACUAAAGCACAAACAAGAAAAGAGAUUAUUGAUUUCAUUAAUAAUCCUUCUAAUGGAAAAUUAUACUAGAAAUAUAAAUGUUAUAUGAUUUACUUACUCUUCUAUCGGCUAAAAUAUGAUGGAAUUGCUGAUAUAUAAAUCAUCCUCAUAUUUUGAUUAAUCAAUAAUUUUUCUUUUUCCUAUAGUUGUACUUGAACUCUCAGUUAAUGAAGAAGAAACAAUAAGUCAACGUACAGUUCCGACUACACUUUCAUUUCAAACAGUGAUUGUAUCCAAUGAAAAUAUAAACAAAGAAGAAAUUGUAUUAAUUUGGUACGAUAAAAAUAUUGGUAUAUACAAUGGCACAAAAAAAACUAUCGAAUUACUUCAACAAAUAAACGAUUAUGUUUCAAUUUGUUCGAAUCGUGAAACAUGCAUUGAAUAUAUUAGACAAAUUCAAACAGAAAAAAUCUUUGUUAUUCUAUCAGGUUUGAGUGCAGACGAUAUUCUAGAUGAAAUACAUGAUUAUCAACAAAUUGAUUCGAUUUUUAUUUUUUGUAUGAAACGUGAAAAGUAUGAAAUAUAUUUAAAUAACAACAAAUAUUAUAAAGUUGUUGGAAUCUAUACGAAACAUGAAUCAUUAUUGACUGCUCUACAAGAAAAUAUUCGUUAUUUAAUAAAACAAACAGAAGCAGCAGGUUUAUUUGAUCAAGAUGAACGAUCAAUGAGAAAUUUAAAUCGAGAAUUAUAUACAUUUCAUUGUUUUUUUGCAUUCAAACAAGUUCUUUUAAAAACUGAUUACAACAGCGAUGCAGCAAAACGUGAAAUGAUUGAAAUAUGUCGAAACUAUUAUCGUAACAAUAAAAAAGAACUAAAAAACAUUGAUGAAUUUGAACGAACAUAUCAAUCAGAGGAUGCUAUCUAUUGGUAUACGAAACAAACAUUUAUCUAUCGUUUAGUAAAUAAAGCAUUACGAACUGAAGACUAUGAAGCAAUGUUGGUACUUCGAUUUUUUAUUGUUGAUUUAUGCGAAAAUCUUCGACAAAAAUAUGAAGAAUUAAAAUAA